GCGAUAAUAUAGUAAUUGCGCCAAAAUUGACUUUGUUUACUUCGACUUAAAUUUCUUUAUUCUAUUGUAUUUUGCACAAUUUCGGGAUAAAUAACCGAUCUAGAAUCAUGAUGUCAUGUAUAACUGUACCAGAUGUUGUCCCAAAUGCAUCGAAAGGUCAGAUACAGGUUAUAUUUGGACCAAUGUUCUCAGGAAAAACAACUGAGCUAAUUCGUCGCAUGAAACGUUUCAAGUUUGCUAACUAUGAAUGCAUGAUUAUCAAGUAUGCCCAUGAUGCCCGAUAUGAUGCCGAUGCAGUGGCUACACAUGACAAUCAAACCCUUGAAGCUACUAAAGCCACUGAACUUAUUCCCCUGAGAGAGCAAUGCAGGCCCUAUGAAGUUAUUGGCAUUGAUGAGGGACAAUUUUAUCCCGAUAUUGUACCAUUCUGUGAAGAGAUGGCUAGUCUUGGUAAAACUGUGAUAGUUGCAGCAUUAGAUGGCACAUACCAAAGAAAGCAAUUUGCUGAUAUUCUCCAACUCGUACCAUUGGCAGAGAGUGUGAUAAAACUGAAUGCAGUCUGUAUGAUCUGUUAUGGAGAGGCAGCCUUCACUAAAAGAAAGGGAGCUGAAAAAGAGGUUGAGGUCAUAGGUGGCGCUGAAAAAUACCUUGCAGUCUGUAGACAAUGUUUUGUGUCACCAAUCAAAGAAGCGUCACCAAAGAGGAUCAAUAUGACACCAUUCUUACGGCCAGGAGGACAAUCAAAAUCUCAAGUUCGAAAACUUUUUGACUCGCCUCAAAAAAUGGAAGAAGCGCUAUGAUCGCUUAGUGAUCUCAGAUCUAUUUUUGCAUAUUGAGCAUAUAUAUGCAACUGAAAACUAUGCAACUGAAAGCAGCAGCGCACAAAGCCAAGGGAGGCAAAGCAAGGGAGUGCAUUGGGAAAUAAUUCUAUCAUGAAAAUUAACUUCAUAAGAAGUUUUUAUAUUUUCUGUUAUUAAAUAUUAGAGAGACACUUGCCUCAUCUCCCUCAUUCCUGGCUACACUCAUUGAGACACCA